AUGCUAUGGAAUUCCUACAUGAUCAAUCCUCUUCUUCUUCUAAGAAGCCACCUAGCCCCUCUUGAAAGGCAGCGUCUCGAUUCGUCUCGAAUUUUGACAUGCAUCAUACGAGGAUUUGCUAACACCCUCACGAUACCUGCUUCUCUUCCCAUUCUACCUCGUGUCCGCAGCAAUCUUCCUUCCGCAUUAACCAUAAUCUCUCGUCAGUCAUCACGACGCGCCGGUACACGGUUCAAUUCUAGAGGGAUCGACGAUGAUGGGAAUGUCGCCAAUUUUGUAGAAACGGAAGUUAUUUUUUGGAGCCCUCCAGGAAUCACCUUUUCCUACGUUCAAGUUCGCGGUUCAGUUCCUAUUUUCUGGGAGCAAACUGCAGGGUUUCUUCCAGGGCAGCAGAAGAUUGAAGUGACACGCUCGACAGAGGCAACAUGGCAUGCCUUCAGGAAACAUUUCGAAACUCUCCGAUUGGAAUAUGGAGCAGUCCACGUCGUCAAUCUCCUCAGUGCGCUCAAAUCCGGGGAAGCAGAGCUCUCUGCGAAGUUUCGUGAGCACAUAGCAGAGACAUUCAAAAAAAGAAAUUCCUUGGACGCACCGGCCGAGAAUAGCCUUCUACGACUAACUGAAUUCGAUUUCAACGUCCAAUCUCAGGGUCCGCUGGGGUAUGGUGCUGCUGAUAAAAUUAGACAUGAGCUCAUAAACUCUUCGAAUGGUUUUGCGUACUUCUUAUCCGACGACUCUGGUACAGCAGAUUCCACGUAUGCGGAGAAGGGCAGAAUGUCAUCUGUGGUUUUACAGCAGGAGGGCGUCUUUCGGACAAACUGUCUAGAUUGUCUUGACAGGACCAACCUUGUGCAGUCCAUUAUCAGCUCAAUGGCUUUUGAAUCAUUCAUUUCUCAGCAAGGAGGAAGAAUGAGUUCGGAUAUUCAAAUGAGACACUCCACUCUCUGGGCUGACAAUGGAGAUGCCCUAUCAAAAAUUUACGCCGGCACAGGUGCUCUCAAGAGCUCUUUUACACGGCAUGGGAAGAUGUCGCUAGCAGGAGCACUUGCGGAUGCGCGCAAGAGUGCCACUCGACUAUACGUCAACAAUUUUACCGACAAGGCAAGACAGAAGACGAUCGAUCUUCUAUUAGGCAGAUUGGCCAAUCAAGUACCUGUGCCUCUCUACGAUCCGAUUAAUGACAUGGUUUCCGAGGAGUUGGGUCGUCGCGCCCCAGAAUAUUCUUUUACUAAAUCGAUAAGGAUAUGGAUCGGCACUUUCAAUGUAAAUGGGCGCAAUGAGGGCCCGGAUUGUGACCUUACACCUUGGUUAUUCCCUGAAUCAAACCAACAUUAUGACGAUCCAACUGUCUUUGCUGUUGGAUUCCAGGAAAUUGUGGAACUCAGCCCUCAACAGAUAAUGUCUACUGACCCCAGUCCACGCAAAAUAUGGGAACAAUCUGUGAACAGCUGCUUAAACAACCGUGCGAGGUCAAGAGGGAGUGGGAAGUAUGUACUCUUGCGGAGCGGCCAGCUUGUUGGGGCUGCUCUUUUAAUCUAUGUGAAAGAGGAAGCUCUCGCAGAGAUCAAGAAUGUUGAAGGGGGCGUUGUAAAAACGGGCCUGUCUGGAAUUGCCGGCAAUAAAGGUGGAUGUGCUAUCCGAUUUGACAUUUCAAAUACUAGGAUAUGUUUCAUUACUGCGCAUCUUGCAGCUGGAUUUGCAAAUUAUGAUGAAAGAAACAGCGACUAUGAAACCAUACGGCAUGGCCUCAGAUUUCAAAAAAACAGGUCAAUAGAAGACCAUGAUUCUAUUGUAUGGCUCGGUGACUUCAACUACAGAAUUGGGCUCAGCAAUCAUAGGGUCAGGGAGCUUAUUUCGCAAAAGGACUACAGGAAACUUUAUGAAAAUGACCAGUUGAACUUGCAGAUGAUUGCUGGCGCAGCCUUCCGGUUCUAUUCCGAAGGUCCUAUUGUCUUCCCUCCAACAUACAAAUAUGACAUCGGAAAAAAUGAAUAUGAUACGUCUGAGAAAAGCCGUGUUCCAGCAUGGUGUGAUAGAAUAUUGUGGAGAGGAGCAAACCUUCGCCAAACGCAUUAUAAUGCCGCAGAUCUACGGUUCUCUGACCAUCGGCCUGUUUGCGCUCUUUUUGAUUGCAAUAUCAAUGUUGUUGAUGAGAGCCUGAAGGAUAAGCUUCGGCGGAAUCUUUAUGACGAACAACAGCGUCUUUCUGGUACUCUUGCAGAUGCAAAUAAACCUACAGAUGCAGAGAACGGUGAUGUAGCGUCGCCGAGGUCAAUUGCUCCUGGAUCUGCACCAGCAAGUUCAGACCAUUAUAAAUGGUGGUUAAAGGAAGGUGCACCGGCGAGGUCGGCAAUGACGCCGCCGGCAACGGGUUUGGUUCCGAAUAUCCAUCGCAAAUCUAAUCCUUUCUCCUUGAAUGGAGGAGCUGACUGGAUUCCAAAAUCUCCCUCAAUUGGUAAUCCUAGAGAUAUGCAUAUUAAUGAUCGUCUACAAAGACCACCGUUGCCUCCAAGACGUGGAACGAAAGAGUCACAGGCGCAUCAAGCUAGGUUGGUAAGAGAAAGCGCAGGUCAGUCACAACUCGGCGAAACAGAAACUGGUACCACUUCGCCUGUCAGCGUAUCUAGCGGUCGAAAGUUACCACCACCAGUUCCGCGAAAGCCUGACUCAUUCAAUUCCAAGCGAAAUAUUGACACCAUGUCGGUCUCAAAAUCGAGUAAACCUGUAACUACUCGUCUAGUACAAAAUUUCGACGCCCAGUCUGCGAAGUCUCGGUCAACAAAUUCCUCCAUACGUGGUGACAAGGAACGCACUAGUCCUCUGGUGGAAGGCAAUCAUCAAGGCUCGCUGAAAGAACCAGGGAUAUUAGGACCACUGCCAAGUAGAACCAAGCGCCCCCUUGGCGGUCUGCCGGCCAAACCGACAUUGGAAAAUCGUGAUAGUUCAGAGGAUCUGCUUGGUGACGGAGGUGACAAAAUUGAAUGGAAAUCUCUCCUCCCUUGA